AAACACGCACACACACACACACACGCACACACACAUACUGCGUGAUGCCAAUGCAGCCCAACACACGGAGCGAUGCAGGGGGACACCACGACGGCGUGCUGGACCCGGCCGCACAAGUGACGUCCUACUACCGCAUCCACGCCGCAGUCAUCUCACGGCGAAGGAAUACCGUGCAGGGCUUCCCUCCUCGCCAGACGGACGCCGAGCUGCGCUGCCAAGGUGGAGAGAUGAGCGCGUGCGGUGGACAAAGGCGGCAGAAUUAAACACAGCCCGAGGGAAGAUGCCCAAGUUGAGACAUUGAAACAGCCACCAUGACGAUGAAAGGCCUGUCCAGCAGCCACAGUCACCAUCACUCCGUCGCCUGUGACCCUUCCUACGACUCCAUGACACUCGGUCAUCCGGAUCGUCAGCCCUGCUUCCUGAACUCGGGAGAGGCUCACCCCGCCGAGCGCCCGUGCUACACCCAGCGCAGCUCCUUCCAGUCGGAAUGCAGUGCCUACCCGGCUCUGGCCAGCUGCACCUUCCCUCGCAGACAUUACAGCUCCCAUCAUGAGCUGAAGGAGGAGUGCGGGGCUCUGGUGCCUUAUACGGGGCCAGCAGGAAUCGGUAAAGGAAGCAGUGGCAAAAACAACAACAACCGGGUCCCUUGUAACUUGCUGGAACAGUUGGAUCACCAGGCUCCGGUACGGCGAGAAGGCUACCAUACGCUGCAGUACAAGCGCACGGCGGUGGAACACCAACGCAGUGACAGCCCAGGGCGAAUCCGCCACCUUGUUCACUCCGUCCAGAAGCUUUUUACCAAGUCCCACUCCCUGGAGGGGCCCUCGGGAUCCGGGACGACCGGGAGGAUGAACGGCGGGAAAUCCAGCCCCGAUGACCCUCCGUCUUCAUCGGGAACCCUGAAACACAACAAACGCAGCAAGAACAAAGACCGAUCCAAGUCAGAGCCCAAGAUGCGGAGCGCCAUCUCAGGAUACUGGAGCUCAGAUGACACCCUGGACCGGGAGAUGUGCCUGUACCACCACCACAGCGGAGGCCAACCGUCGGGGGUCAUGACAAUGGGGCGGCACCCGGAGAAGUCGCAGUCGCAGUACUUCGUGGAGUCCUACAACACCAUCAGCGCCCACUCCCUGAAGACAUCUCGCAGCAACAACGACGUGAAGUGCUCCUCCUGUUCCGGGGGCAGCGGCGGGGCGCUCCCGCUGAUGGGCACGCUGGACGGCCAGGUGCAGCUGAAGAAGAGCUCGUGGUCUUCGACUCUGACGGUGAGCCGAGCGAGGGAGGUUUACCAGAAGGCCUCUGUCAACCUAGAUAAAGCGCUAGUGAAAGCCGAGCAGGGACGUACCUGCCACUUCCUGCAGGUGCCUCAGGAUGACUGGGGCGCUUUCUCCCCGUUGGCGAAGGACGACGAGAUCCCCUGCCGGAGGAUGCGAAGCGGCAGCUACAUCAAAGCCAUGGCCGAGGACGACAGCGGCGACUCGGACUGCAGCCCCAAAGCCUCGCCCAAGGUUCAGGCACGGCGGGCCAGCUACCUGAAGGCCACGCAGCCGUCGCUCACAGAGAUGACCACCCUCAAGAUUUCCACGGAGCACUCGCCCAAGCUGCAGAUCAGGAGUCACAGCUAUCUGCGGGCGGUGAGCGAGGUUUCUAUCAAUAGGAGCCUGGACAGCUUGGACCCGGCGGGGCUGCUGGCCUCGCCUAAGUUCCGCUCCCGAAACGAGAGCUACAUGAGAGCCAUGAGCACCAUCAGCCAGGUGAGCGAGGUGGAGGUGAACGGGCAAAUCGAGGCGGUGUGCGAGUCGGUGUUCAGCGAGAUGGAGUCGCAGGCGGUGGAUGCCCUGGAUCUGCCCGUGCCCGGCUGCUUCCGCGUGCGCAGCCACAGCUACGUGCGAGCCAUCGAGAAGGGCUGCUCGCAGGACGAAGAGGAGGAAGCGGCGGGCCGAGGACGAGGAGGAGGAGCCGGCGGCGGCGGGGGGGCCGGCAACCGGAAGGCGGGAUCGCCCCCGCGCACCACCACCACUGUCAGAACCAUCCAGAGCAGCACAGUGUCGUCAUGCAUCACCACCUACAAGAAGACCCCCCCGCCGGUCCCCCCACGGACCACCCCGUCCAAGCCCUUCAUAUCCAUCACGGCGCAGAGCAGCACCGAGUCGGCCCAGGACGCCUACAUGGACGGCGGCUCGGGCCCACGCAAGGGCGUCAGCUCGCAGCCGGGCCUGUCCAACUCCACCGAGAGCAUCGACAGCAUGAAGGCCCUGACGGCGGCCAUCGAGGCGGCCAACGCUCAGGUACACGGUCCGGCCAGCCAGCACGUCAGCAACAGCAACAGCAACAGCACCGUCACGUCAACCGCCGUCGCCCCCGUCUCCGCCGGCAGCAAGGCGCAGAGGGAAGCCCUACGCAAGUGCCUCUCCAUUGGGAUCCAGGUGGAGCCGGAGGAGGAGCGGUCUAAGUUCCACUCCAUAGGGAUUCAGGUGGAAGAUGAGCGCUGUCACCGCCGCAUGACCCGCUCCAACAGCGUCACCACCGCCGUCCAGGCUGACCUGGACGACCCUUUGGACGGCCCGCGGCCGCCGCCGCCGCGCCACUGCGCCACCAUGCCGCGCCAGCACUCCCGUGACUCCUCCGCCGCCUCCACGGUCCGCAUCCAAGGCUCGGGCAACCACUACCACGCCUGCGCCGGGGACGACAACGGCGAGGCGGGAUUUGACCCGUCCAUCCUUCCCCCUCCCGACCCGUGGAUGGACAGCGCGGCCGAGCCUGAGGGGACGCUCGAGGCCGUCAGCCGCUCGGUUUGCCCGCGAGACGGACGCUGGUUCCUCAAACUACUGCAGGCGGAGACGGAGCGCAUGCAGGGUUGGUGUCGUCAGAUGGAGCAGGACCAGACGGACAACCAGCUGCCUGAUGACAUCCUGGGCAAGAUCCGCAGUGCAGUAGGGAGCGCCCAGCUGCUCAUGUCCCAGAAGUUCCAGCAGUUCCGGGAGCUGUGUGAGGAGAAUCUGAACCCCGACGUGCACCCGCGGCCCGUCUCCCAGGACCUGGCGGGCUUCUGGGACAUGCUGCAGCUGUCCAUCGAGAACAUCAGCCUGAAGUUUGACGAGCUGCACCAGCUAAAAGCUAACGACUGGAAGCCUCUGACGCCCCCGGAGAUCCAGGAGCGACGUGCGCCCCCUCCUGUGCCAAAGAGGUCCCAAAAAGGUCACGCCCCGCUGGCGAGGGACCGCUCUCUGGAGAGCUCCGAACGGCAGCGUUUGGAGGCCCGCAAGCGCCUGCUCGCCGCCAAGCGCGCCGCCUCGGUGCGCCAGAGCUCCGCCACGGAGAGCGCCGACAGCAUCGAGAUUUACAUACCCGAGGCGCAGACGCGACUAUGAAACACGUACUACACGACACAAGCAGUAGCACUGGACUGUUAGGGUGUUAACAGACUUUACCACAUCACUGUCGCCAUGGAAAUACGUUUCAACAAGUAUAUUUGGAUUAUUUAUUGAUUGAUUUACUGACACCCCCCUCAGUUCCCGCCCCACUCUUUCAGCUUUGAUGUAGCACACAUACCUCCCUCAAAUCCUCUCCCACCUAUAUACACACACACACACACACACACACACUCACUCACUCACUCACGAUGUGUCUUUUUAUAAAUUUCAGAGCCCCAGACAUAGGAUAGGGAUUUUUAUUUAUUUAUUUUUGUUUUUAAUUGUAGCCACAUUAUAGAUACAGUGGUGCCUUGAGAUACUAAAUUAAUUAGCUCCGUGAAAACACACACAUAUCGCGAGGCGUCGUUCCCCGUUGAAAUGAAUGAAAAUGCCAUUAUUCUGUUUCAGCUUUCCCCCCCAAAAAACAAACAAAAAAGUUUGGUAUAAUAUUUUACUUUAUCGAAGAAUAGAGUAAUAAUAUAAUUAAAUAGAAUGUAAAUAAUUUAAUGCUUUAAAUCAUGAUUUAACGUUGCAAUUCAAUUCUUUGUGCUGCUCCUUCUGGUGUGCCCGCCUUGGACACUGGGGAGCAGUCAUGCAGACACAAACAAAGUGGACCCCUGCUAUUCAUGCUGGGUUGGUUCACACCAAAAAAAAAAAAGAAAAAACAAAAAGAAAACUGAAAAUAAUUUAAAAAUUGGAAAAAAAAUUGGGGAAAAAAUAUGCGGCGAGGUAAACCCUCAAAUGCCGAACCGCGUGUAUGUGGGGGUCCACUUGUAUUGUGACGCAGUAAGCUGCUGUAGUAUUAGUCUUUUUUUUUGCAGAGAAUCAAGAGUAUUAUCCAAGAGUAUAUCAGUUGCAUAAAGGGUCAUAACAUCACAGCUAUCAAUGCUAAGUGUUAGCUUUAGUCAAUGGCGUUUUCCAUUAUGUGCUAGCAUUAAGGCAAAGCUCUCGUAUCUCAAGUUUGCACUCGCGAGUCAAAGCAAAAAAAAUUGACCGAAUGAUGGCUCCUAUCUUGAAACACUCGUAAGUCAAGUCACUCGUAUCUCAAGGCACCACUGUACAGUGUUUCCUCGCUAUAUCGGGGUCUUAGCAAAGGUGCGCUCCAUUUUCCUACCCAGAUAUCGAAGUUGUUCAUGGGAAUGAUAUUAAGGCCACAAAUGUGUUAUUUCGUGCGCACGUUAUAUGUAUUUCGUGGCCACAAAUUACCAUUCUGUGCACAGGUUAUAUCCAUAUUGUAUCCAAAAGUUUAGAAAAUUGGGUUCUCCCAACCCAAACUCUUCAGCCAUAUAAUGAGCUGCAACAUUGUAGCGUAAUGACAGAUGUUGAAAUGAAAGUGCCCGCAUUUGGGUUGGGGAAGCACAAUUGCACAUUUGUGUGACAAAAUGAGUCUCUCGCGGUGGUCAAGAGGUUACAUUUUGCCCGUGCAGGUGUGCAGCUUGUCAGAAAAAGUGAAAGAAUCCCAGUUUUGUUUUGUUUUUUAGAGGUCACAAUGGCCAUCUUGUCUAGUGUGUGUGUGUGUGUGUGUGUGUGUGUGUAUGAAGGGCAGUUAAGAACAUGAUAGAGGACCCACACACAUCUGAAACACUCUCACACGCACACUACUGAUUUUGUUUUCGUUCACACACACUACUGAAAAGCUCUUACACACACAAUUAAAAUCCUCCCGCACAUCAUUCUGAAAUAGGCUUAUAUACUGCACUACAUUAUAGUGAAACACGCUCGCAUAAUAUACUGAAAUACACGUCUCAGUAGUGUGUGUGAGAGUUAAUCGUGAAUUGUGUCACCCUCGUGCGUGUGUGUGUGUCUGCAUAAUUCAUUCAUAACUGGGUUAGGGCAACGUCACCAGUCCCAGACAGAAUAUUAGGUACACCUGGACAAACAAAAGCAACACGAACAAUUCUGCCUUUACAAAAAUAAUAAUGUUCACUUUUGUUGGGUUGUAAUUUACCUUAAUGUUAUCAUGAUUUAUAGUACAACUGCAUUGCAUCAUACAGCAAGCUUUCGUAACCUUAUUCAGCUACAAGAUUGGUCGUGUUAGAUUGAGAUCUUUUUUGUAACAUUUUUGACCACACCACUUUAAAUUCCUGAAGGUAAAUUAAGUUAUUUAUUAAUCCCUCCCUAUUUUGUAAUUUAUUUUAUUGUACAUUGCUAUAUUUGUAAAUAAAUUAGAUUCUUAUUUGUUUUCAAUAUUUUAUUUUAUUACAUUGUAAUGUAUUGCCUCAAAGCCUACCAUUAUUAUCUUUGUAAAAAGGCAGAAUAUAUUCUUUUACCCCAAUAAUUAUUAUUAUUUUUUUUAACCUAUGCCAAUUUUAAUUCCGAAGGAAAAUAAUUAAUUCCACGCAAUAUUUUUCACAUUUUUAUUUUAUAUUAGUGCAUCAAUACUUUUGUAGUUAUUUUAUUAAUUUUGUUCUUAAUUUAUUUGUAAAGGCAGAAUGUAUGAUCAUUUUUUUGCAAUAGCAAUUUCUUAUGCAUUUUCAGUGAAUUUAUUUACAUUUUAAUUUUUAUUUAUUUUUCCACAUUUUAAUACAUGAAGAAAUAUUAUUUACUAAUUUCACAAAAAAAUAUUUCCAUAGUAUUUUAUUAAAAAUAGGUUCAUAACAUUUGUUUGCAUUUUAUUUAAUUACACUGUAUAUUAUGUAAUUAUAUCUUGUUAAUUCAUGACCUCAAAACUGAGCAUUAUCUUUCUUCGUUAAGGCAGAAUAUACAUCAUUGUGUGGGUGUACCGAAUACUGCGGGUGGAGAAAAAAUCGACACACCCAGCCAGGCGCUCUCAGAUGAGUUAUUUUAAAACCUUCAUGGGUUAUUUUUAAUAAACUG